UGGUGUCUUUUUGGCAUCAUAGGAUAAGAAAACUCUACAUUCCUUCCAUGUUUCGGCUGUGUGGACCACAGGGGCAACGCUGGGAGUGUCUGCAGGCGCUGACUGGUUUCCCCUCCUCUCUCUGAACCAUCUCAUUCAUUACUCCAAGUUUACGGCCUGCAGACAUACCUCACUGAGGGGAACCAGCCGCUUCACGCACUGCCUCGUCUUCUCAGAGAAUAACUGGACUCACACACCUGAAACCUUCGAUGGAGAACAGCCAGAUCCAGGAGGCAGAGGACGGCUCUUACCUGUGUUUCCAGAGAACGCCUUCUCUCAGACGCAAAUGGAGGAAACGUUACGGCGGUCUGGACGGCAACAAACUGCUGGAGCCCAAUAAAGACCCAGACAUGAAAGGUUUUGGCUGGUUUUAUGUGCCAGCCUGGUGUUUAACAGACUCCUCUCAGACUCUGCAUCAGACACAGGAGGAUGGAGGGAUGCCAGAGGGGAGCCAUCAGAGGAGCUCUGAGAACCAGGAUACAGCACCUCGCCCAGCUCCCAGGACCCUGAUCCAGACCCAGGUCCAGACUGCAGUCCAGAGUCCCGUCCAGAAGCCUGUCAGCCUCGUCAGUCCUGGACCCGCAGUGGCCUCGGUGUCGGCCAGUAACGGCUGUUUGAAGCCUCCUCUCCCUCAGGCGGUGGUCCAGCCGGAGGACAGAGUCUUCCCCCCCGCCCAGCACUGGUUCCCUCCACAGCAGAGUCCGUCCAAACGCAGGGCGGCUGCUGACGUGCUCUUUGACAGCUUCGCUUCAGAUGGAAGAAUUAACAUCAACCAGUUCUUUGAGGCCAUCUGGAGCUCCGGUCUGCACAGGUCCGACCCUCGGCUCAGAGAGUGUUUCUUCCACCUGAGGAAGCUGCAGGACGCUGAGGGAUCGGUGGACAGAAACACCUUCCACAGGUGCGUCACGGGAUUCGUCUCUCUGGUCCUGAAAGCUCUGCAGGGACGAUUUGUUAUCCCAGAUUUUUCCACCUUCACUGAAGAAACUCAGAAGCUGUUUUCGAGGUGUCGUCAGCUGUCGUCUGUCCAGGAGAAAGAAAAGGAAAGUAUGGACAGCACUAAGUGGGGCGUCUCAAUCUGCACUGUGGAUGGACAGAGGUUGUCUCUGGGCGACUGGGCCGGCUCUCUGGUUCUGGGUGAGGUGUCAUGGCCGCUGGUGUACGGCGUGGCGGUGGACCUGCUGGGCUCUGACCUCGUCCACAAAUACGUCGGCGUGGAGGGGUACUCCAGAUACGACUCUCCAUUCACCCUCACUAAAACAGGAAUCCCUCACAGCCCGCUCACUGAGACAGGAGCCAUCGUCACUACAUCUUUGCUACAGCUUGCUGGGAGGCUGUGUGCUGAGGAAGAGGAGAAGUAUGACUCGGUGCUGAACGUCAUCCGGAGGCUCUGCAACAAGGAGCACGCCAACUUAAACUGCACCAGCUGUCAGAGCAGCAGGAAGGCCAGCGUCAGACUCCACGCUCUGUCCUUUUACCUGCAGGAGAAAAAGUGUUUUCCAGAGAAGGCCGACAUUAAUGCUGCGCUGGAUCUGAUGCUGCAGUGCGCUUCAACAGAGAUCACCUGCGAAUCAGGAGCCGCCAUGGCCGCUUCGUUAGCCAACGGGGGCCUCUGUCCACUGUCAGGUGACCAGGUGCUGUCGCCGGCGGCCACGCGGAGCAUGCUGUCCAUGAUGCAGGUGGCGGGAAUGAAGGACUACUCCACGACCUUCCACUACAAGACGUCGGUACCGGCCGUGUCCAGCAGCCACGGCUGCCUGCUGGCGGUGGUUCCCGGUGUUUUGGGUCUGAUGGCGUUCUCUCCCGAGUUAGACGCCUGUGGAAACCCCUGGAGGGCCGUCCACUUCUGCCAGGAGCUGAUUUCUACAUUUCAGCUGCACAGUUUUGACAUCAGGACUCCGUUCAGGCAGAUUCUGGCCUACAGACAGUGGAAGGCUGAAUCUGAGGGAUACCAGAUCAUGAACGUCCUGCUGGCAGCUUUUAAAGGAGACGUCCAGGCGCUGAGGAGAUACUUCCUGUCGGGAGUGGACGUAACCGCUGUGGACUACGACGGCAGGUCGGCGCUGCACGUGGCGGCCGCCGAAGGUCACACGGAGGUCAUCCGCUUCCUGCUGGAGAACACGGGAGCAAACCCCGCCCUCAAGGACAGGUGGGGGAGCUCUCCUCUGCAGGAGGCCAGGACGCACAACAAGGAAGCUGCAGUCCAACUGCUGCAGGGCCGUCUGACCCCAUAAACACACAUAACCUUUGACCUUUGACCUGUGAGAUAAAGUUAUCUGGAUUACUCUGAUGAAUAAAACCUGAGACGUCUUCAA